AUGUAUGAAUUAAAUAAUAUAGAAGGAAAAGGAAAAGAUGCUACUGCUGACUAUUCUUCGACAAAAUAUACUUCAUUAGACUCUUCACCGUCAAUAUCAACGACGAAAUCCAAACGUCCUGUAAAAUUAAAUCCUCCAUUAUGGAACACGUUGGAAUUUUAUAUUCAUUUCUUUAUCGUAAUCAUCUCCAUUGUGUAUAUGUUUUAUGUAGGAUAUCAUAUAAGUAAAGAAACGAAUCCAAAUUAUGCUAUAUACUCUAAAAGGUUAGAGGAUGGAUGGCUUUUUGGACGUAAAGAUAACAGUGACGCUCAAUUUGCGUCAUUCCGAGAUAAUUAUGGAGCCUUACUAUUGGCUUUAAUAUCUUAUUUAUUUCUUUCCCAUUUAUAUCGAAUUUACUUUGUACCAAAGUCCCCAGCGAAAUUAUCAACGCAACCACUUCGCAGAACCUAUUUUUUCCUGUCAUUUGCAUUAAUAUUCCUUUAUAUCCUUUUUGGAAAUAGUUUAUUUAAAAUAUUGAUCAUCUUGAGCAUUAAUUUUUUAAUUACAAUGACAUUACAAGGAUCAAAGUUGAAUCCUAUCAUUACUUGGAUAUUUAAUUUGGCUGUUCUAUUCGCUAAUGAAAGAUAUGAUGCGUAUAAAUUUGAAUGGAUUAAUGAAAGCCUCGCAUUUUUGGAUUCAAAUGUAGGAUUAUUAGCUCGAUGGGAUGUCACAUUUAACAUUUGCAUGUUACGUAUGGUGUCAUUUAAUAUGGAUUAUUAUUGGUCAUAUCAUCCCUCACCAGAUUCGACUGAGAAAAAUGAUAGAGAUCAUGCCCCAUUGACGGAAAAAGAUAGAAUUAUAGGAUCAUGUUUUAAGGAGGAUUAUAAUUAUAUUAAUUAUUUAAGUUAUAUACUGUAUACGCCUUUAUUUCUUGCUGGACCCAUCAUCACUUUUAACAAUUUCAUUUCUCAGGCAAGUAAAAAAAAAUUGAGGUAUCCAAAAGAAAUUGACAUAAAAUCAACAUUCAUUUAUGGAGUUAGAUUAUUAGCGGCAAUACUUACGAUGGAAAUAAUGUUACAUUUUAUUUAUGUUGUAGCUAUAAGUAAAUCAAGAGCAUGGAUGGGUUUUACUCCUUUUGAAUUAAAAGUUGGCACAGAAGUUAUAAUAGAUGGCUUAUUAGGAGUAAAAUAUUCAACAUAUAACAUGUUGAUCGUAUUUACAUUUGUCGCAUUAUGGCAUGAUAUAUCAUUGAAGUUAUUAGCAUGGGGUUGGUUAAUUUGGAUAUUUAUUUUACCUGAAACUAUAGUUACUAGGAUAUUCACUGAAAAGAGGUUUGGAGAUUACCCAUAUUAUAGACAUUUAUGUGCAGUUGGUGGUGUAUUAAAUUUACUCACCAUGUGGGCUGCAAAUUUGGUCGGAUUUGCCGUUGGAUUAGACGGUAUGAAAGUAUUGUUAAGUGAUAUUUUUAGAACAUCUGAUGGUCUUAUAUCACUCGGUAUAUGUUGCAUUUCUAUAUUUUGUGCUGUUCAAAUAAUGUUUGAAAUCCGAGAAGAGGAGAAAAGAAAGAACAUUAACCAAGAGAUUAGAUACUAA